AUGGAGCCUUGGUGUUGUCUCACUCAUCACCCUGUUUCUUUGUAUUCACCACUUAUCAGUUACAGGCACCAAACGCGCCAUGGCCCACCAAGUCUUGUUUGCCUCUCACCAGCGCUCCCGCACAACUAUUUCGAUUCUACACCACCACCAGCGACACCCUCUAUCGCCGCUCGCGAUAUCGUCGCUGCCUACGAUAUCGUCGCCGCUCGCGGUCUCGUCGCCGCUCACGAUCUCGUCGCCGCUCACGAUCCCAUCGCCACUCACGAUCCCAUCGCCGCUCACGAUCUCGUCGCCGCUCACGAUCCCAUCGCCGCUCACGAUCUCAUCGCCGCUCACGAUCCUAUAGCCGCUCGCUCUUUGUUAGUAUAUUAG